AUGAGGACGGGAAGGAUCGAGGCUAGCAUAGAGGCCAUGGCGUUGAAACAGGACCUCAAGUUACGGACAGUCGUCCAGUUCGUGCGGGUCCACCACCGCUCCACGGAAUGGCGCACAAUACUGUAUCUUUCACUGGACUACCCAGUCCCGCAAGCGCAGGCGAGCGGGUGGAAAUACGUGAACGGCGACGUGAACACGCUGCCGUACUCGUACACGCUUUCGUCCCUCCCUGCGCUGCUUCGGGACGGGGCAGACUCGCCCAUGGCGAAGUCGUACACCAUCCCGUUGACGCCGAACACGCCGUUCCCGGCGCUGCCGAUCACGCUGCCGAACAUGGCGCUGUACCUGCAGUCGUCGCUGGAGGAGUCGCGGAAGGCGCUGCACGACAGCUCGAGCGGGAUGCGGAAGCUGGCGCAGCUGGUGAACUCGUGCUACCCCGAGGACGUGCCGGUGUACGAGGAGUCGGACCUGCCAGAGCGCAAGGGCGUGCGCUACCGCCUGCGGAGGGUGUUUGGGAAGAAGGAAAACAGGGAACGGGGCGGGGGCAACGAGGAUGUAUACGAGCUGAUUACUCCUUUCGUCCCGGACGAACAAGACUUGUGA